AUGAACAGGGUAAAAGUUCUGCAGGUGUGUGCGUUUUUGCUGAUUCUGGCUCAGCUUUUGGUUUCUGGUGCGGUUCCUCUGGACUGUAAGGAUGACGCUGGAUCUCGAUGUGCUUCGAUUUCUCAGGAAAAGCUUCUGGAUCGAGUGAUUCAGCAUGCUGAGCUCAUUUACCGCGUCUCUGAGGAGUGCUGCACUCUGUUUGAGGAUAUGUUCGUCCCGUAUCCACUGCAUGUGUUGAUCAACCAGGCCGGAAACACCUGCCACAGCAAACACAUCCCCAUCCCGACAUCCAAGAGUGAGAUUCAGCAGAUAUCGGACUCAUGGCUGCUUCACUCAGUGCUCUUCCUGGUUCAGUCGUGGAUGGAGCCGCUGCUGUAUCUGCAGACGACUCUGGACCAAUACGAUGAUGCUCCCAAUGCUCUGCUCAGCAAAACCAAGUGGGUUUCUGACAAACUGCUGAGCCUGGAGCAGGGGGUGGUGGUGCUCAUACGCAAGAUGCUGGACGAGGGAAUCAUGGCGUCCUCCCCCAUCUUCGAUCACACCCAGAGCCCGUAUGAUGGUCAGUUCCCGGAGGUGCUGGAGUCUGUGAUCAGGGAUUAUCAUCUUCUCACCUGCUUCAAGAAAGACACACACAAGGUGGAGACCUUCCUGAAGCUGCUCAAGUGCAGACAGAGUAACAAACUCAGCUGCCUGCCUCAAUAA